UUUAUUAGUCGUUUGGCAAUGUGAAAGACUAGUGCUGCAUUGCAUCAAUUUUGGCGCCGGAGCUUUCACGGCCUUAGCGCCCAUUGCAAAGUCGGUAGCUGUUAACCCGUAGUCCUAUAUCCAUAGAAUAUAAUAGACGAAAAUUGUUAAAUUAGUGGCAAAAGUGUGUGCUCAUAAUAAAUUGAAUAUAAGUGAACGAGCCCUGUGGUUACUUUGAAUCUCUUCAACUUGGGAUACUUUGGAACUGGUCGGUGGGUCGGUCGGUUGGACAGUCGGUUGGACAAUUGGACGGACGUUUCGUUGGUUCCUCGAUGAUGAUCUCUGUUAUUGUUGCUGCUGUUGUUGUGAUUUGAUUGGUGCCACUUGCCCGUUGUUGUAGUUACUGUUACUAUUGUUGUUGCUGCGCUAUUACUGUUACUAGAAGUUGAAGUUGUUGGUGCUGUUUUCUGGUGCUCGACCUGAAGCUGGAGCUGCAGUUGGAGCUGGAGCCGGCUGCGUUACACUUUGUAAAUCGGUCAAUGGUAACGGGCCUGUAAGCAGGUGCAACUGCAACUGCCACCAAACCAAAAGAGAGCGAGAGAGAGGGAACGCGUGGAGACGGCACAGAGCUAAGCAAUCAAAACAUGUCACUAAAGAAGGAAACGCCCUCCGAUGUGAUGUUGCAUCUGGCAGCGCUGCGCGGCGACGUUGUGGAGAUGCGCCGUGUGCUCGAUACCGGCAAGGUGCACGUGGACUGCAAGGAUGAGGACGGCACCACGCCCCUGAUUCUCGCUGCAGCUGGUGGCCACAUCCAUUGCGUGUUGGAGCUGCUCGAACAGGGCGCUGAUCUGAACUCGCGCCGAUCGACGGGCACCACGGCGCUGUUCUUUGCCGCCCAAGGCGGCCAUUUGGAUGUGGUGCGAAUAUUGCUGAAGGCGCGCGCCAAGGUCGACACGCCCUCUUUGGACGGCGGCACGCCUCUCUUUGUGGCCGCCCAAGGCGGGCAUGUGAAGAUUAUCAGAGAGCUGUUGGACUGUGGGGCCGAUGUGAAUGCCUGCAUGAAGGAUCGUGCCACACCCGCUUUUAUAGCGGCCCAAAAUGGUCAUCGAACGGUUUUGUCGUUGCUCAUCCUGGCGCAUGCAUCAAUGGACAUUAAACGCAUCGAUGGAGCGACCCCACUCUGGAUAGCCGCCCAAAUGGGCCACGAUCACAUCUGCAAGGUGCUGUUGCAGAAUGGCGCCAAUGUGGACACGGUGCGCUGUGAUGGUGCGACGCCACUGUUCAAGGCCGCCCACAAGGGUCACGCUUCAGUGGUCACAGUGCUGCUAAAAUAUCGACCCAAUUUGGGCCUGCUGCCCAAUGGGGAAACGGCUCUGCACGCGGCCGCCAUGUUCGGCCACAUGACCGUCUGCAAGCAGCUGGUGGCCGCUGGCAGCGAUGUGCUGCUCAAGAACCAGGACGGUCUAACGGCCAUGGAGCUGGCGCAUCAUGAGAACUACAGCUCCAUUUGUGAGUAUCUGCGAGAGCGGAUGCGGUCGCUUAUUGAACGCAAUACAUUGGCUCUGGCCAACAUGCGAUUGUCGACGUAAAGUCAACUCGAAUGGAAUAUGACCAAAUUGAAUCCCUUCAAAGUACCUUUUCUGCACAAUAUGUUGGAUUAUUUAUUCACUUAUCUUAUGAUUAGAAUUGUGAAACAGCAAUUUUUUAAGUGGCCACAGAGUUCGAGCUAUGCGAGCAGAACUUCAAUGAUUAGACGAUCUUAUAAAAAGUCAGUUUGUUUUUUUUUCGCGUAAA